AUGCUGGACUCGAUCCCCACCUACGCCAUGGCGACGAUGAGGCUCCCCCCUGCCGUGGUCGUCGCCCUCGACAAACUCCGAAGGGCGUUCCUUUGGAGCGUUGCCGAUCGGGCCCCUGGCGCCCAAUAUCGGGUCUUCCGGUCCAAGGCGGAGGGCGGGCUUGGCGUCCGGGCGCUCGAGCUCGACGGGCGCUCGAUCCUUGCGUCCGGGCACUCGCCGCUCGACGGGAAGCACUGGCGUGCCCUCAGGAAGCUGCUUCCAAUCUAUCGUGGGCUCACCCGUGUGCAUGUCGGCGGGGGUGCGACGACAUCCUUCUGGCACGAUUGGUUGCUCCCCUACGGGGUGCCGAGCGCGGCCUUCCCGACCCUGUUCACACAUGCCGUCCGCUCGGAGGACACGGUGGCGUGUGCCCGCCAGGUCGGGGUGCGCGCGUUGCUCGUCCCGCGGCUCACCCACCUUGUCGCCCGCGACUGUGUCGAGGUCCAAGAGCUCAUGGCGAGUAUGGUGUGGGCUCCGAGGGCGGACGCCCGCCUUACUCCCCUCUGCCGUGCCCCGAAAGGGGCGUUCUCCGCUCGUGCGGCCUACAGGCUCGCCCGGUUCGGAGGCACGAAGGCCUCUAACUCCGUCUUCCUCUGGUCCUCCCCGGCCCCCUCACGUGUGAAGUUCUUCUGUUGGCUACUCACCAUGGCGCGGGUGCACACGCGAGAUGUCCUCCUGCGGAAGACCAUACUCACCGCGGCGGAAGCUGGGUGCCCCUGCUGCCAUGCGGCUCUGGACACUGCUGAUCACCUCAUCUUCGGAUGUCCGUUCGUGGUGUGCUUCUGGACACGUCUAGGGCUGUCGCCGGCCGGCGCCUCGGUGGCCUCCCUCCACCAGUUCGACGCCUCUCCUGCCGUUGGGGUGGCCUUGCCGUCCGCCUUUGUGAUGCUUUGUUGUUGGCGUCUAUGGAAGAGGAGGAACGAGAUCGUGUUCCGUAACAAUGCUCAGUCGCUUGUGACCACCCUCAAGUGCUGCCGGGAUGAUGCCGAUCUUUGGCGCGUCCGCUUCCAGCAUGAUCAACGCCCGCACGUAGACGUCUGGCUGGGGGUGCUGGCAAGCUCCUAA